AUGACUCAUGAGAUGAGCGAGGUGAGAGUCAAGGAAGAAAUGGCUCUCGACGCAACCCAAAUUGGAACAUUUUCAGACGAAACUGCUUCAGACUACAGCAUUCUCAAGUUAACAAUCCUGUCGCUCCAUUCUCUAGCGAGACCUUCUAAUAUCCAUCUCAAUCAGGGACAUUGA